GCGCACGCACACACACACGCACACACACACACACACACGCACACGGGCACAGACACACGACACGGGCGAUGCCAUGGCGCCCAGGGGCGCUCUGCUCGUUUUGGCGCUGCUUUGCGAGUCGCCGCGCCGCCCCGCCGCGGCUCCGGGGGACGGCCAGCGCACGUGGGAGCACUUCAGCCGGCUGCCCUUCCCCGGCGACAAAGCCUUCCUGUACGACACCUUCCCCGAGGGCUUCAUGUGGUCCGUGGGCACCGCGGCGUACCAGGUCGAGGGCGCCUCGGACAAAGACGGCAAAGGUCCGUCCAUCUGGGACACGUUCACCCGCGGCGGGAACCGCAUCGCCAUGGGCGACGUGGGCAGCGACAGCUACCACAACGUGCACGGCGACAUCCGCGCGCUCCGCCAGCUCGGCGUCUCCCACUACCGCUUCUCUCUGUCGUGGCCGCGCAUCUUCCCGAACGGCAGCCGCGGCAGCUGCAACGAGCUCGGGGUCGCGCACUACAGGAGCCUCAUCCGGCUGCUGAAGGAGGUCGGCGUGGAGCCCGUGGUCACGCUCUACCACUGGGACCUGCCGGAGCAGCUGCAGCGCCUGGUGGGCGGCUGGCGGAGCCCGCUGCUCGUGGGGCUCUUCCAGGACUUCGCCGACUUCUGCUUCCGCACCUUCGGGGACGGCGUGAAGUACUGGAUCACCAUAGACAACCCGUUUGUCGUGGCCUGGCACGGUUAUGGCACCGGAAUGAUGGCGCCGGGCGUUAAGAAUGAGCCGGACUUGCCUUACGCAGUGGGGCACAACCUGCUGAAGGCCCACGCUGCCGUUUGGCAUCUGUAUGACAGGCGGUACCGGCCGCUGCAGGGUGGGAAGGUGUCCAUAGCGCUGGGCUCCCACUGGAUCAAGCCCAGUAAGACGCGGCGGGAGAACCUGCGCGCUUGCCAGUGCUCGCUGGACUUUGUGCUGGGCUGGUUUGCCAGGCCGCUUUUCGUGGAUGGCGAGUACCCGUCGUGCAUGCGCGGCCGCCUGUCCGCCCGCCUGCCGAGCUUCGAUGCCGCGGAGAAGGCCUACAUCAAUGGCACGGCCGACUUCUUCGCCCUCUCGCACGGACCCUCGCUCAGCUUCCAGCUGAGGAACGAGAGCCUGAAGUUCGGCCAGACAGAGGAAGUGGACCUGCGCAUGCUGCUCUACUGGAUAAAGGCCGAGUACGACAACCCGCCCGUCUUCGUCGUGGAGAGCGGCUGGUUUGUGAGCGGCAGCUCCAGGACCGAAGACCCCAAGCACAUGUACUACCUGAAAUGGUUCAUCGUGGAGAUGCUGAAAUCGAUUAAAUACGACAAGGUGCGUGUAAUUGGCUACACGGCCUGGUCCUUGGUGGAUGGCUUUGAGUGGCACAGAGAGUACGGUAUUCGCCGCGGCCUCUUCUACGUGGACUUCGCUACCCCAGACAUGAAAAGGGAGCCAAAGACCUCGGCCAUUUUCUACGGGAAGCUGAUCGAGAAGAACGGCUUCCCCCCGCUCCUGGAGAACAAGCACGCCGACGGGGUGUUUCCUUGCGACUUUGCCUGGGGUGUGGCCGCAAACUCCAUCGAAGUCGAGACCACCCCGUCACAGUUUGCGGACCCCAACGUGUACAGCUGGAACGUCGCUGGGAACGGGGAACUGAAGCGUCUGGAAGGGGUCGUGGCCCCUCCCGCCCACCGGGUCCGACACUGCGCCGACUACGCCGCCAUCCGCCACCAGGUGGAGCAGAUUCGUAGGGUGCGUGUGUCCCACUUCCAUUUCUCUCUCAACUGGUCCUCCGUUGCGCCAACGGGAAACGUGUCGGAGGCCAACGCUACAUUGCUGGACUACUACCGAUGCUUUGCCAGCGAGCUGCUGAAAGCUAACAUUGCGCCUGUCGUGACGCUGUGGCACUACACCGGCAAGCGCUCCAGCCUACCUGCCCCGCUCGAGGCCAAGAGGGGCUGGUGGUGCAACGACACGGUGCGAGCCUUCGCCGAGUACGCCAGGCUGUGCUACCGGCAGCUGGGCGCCCACGUCAAGCUCUGGAUCACCCUGAAUGAGCCAAACGCCAAGGAGCUCAGCUAUGAGGUCGGCCACAACCUGCUUCGGGCGCACGGCCUGGCUUGGCACGUGUAUGACAAGGAGUUCCGCGAGGCCCAGGGUGGCAAAGUGUCCCUGACGUUGUACAUGGACUGGGUCGAACCGGCUUACUCUUUCACCCUCAGGGACAUGGUGUCCGCCAGCCGCGUCCUCGACUUCCGCGUCGGCUGGUUUGCGGAGCCCGUCUUCGGCAGCGGUGACUAUCCCUCUGGAAUGCGAAAGUGGUUGAGGCAGCGGAACAGCAUGGACCUGUUCAAUUACCAUCUCCCCGUCUUUAGCCGCGAGGACGAGCAGUUGGUGAGGGGCAGCUACGACUUCUUUGCCCUCAGCCACUUCACCACCUCCAUGGUGUCCGAGGCCGUCGAAGACAAAUAUAUCUACGAGGCCAUGCUGGAAGUGCACUACAUGUUUGACAUCACUUGGGUGAUGUCAUCGUACAGGCGAUCGCCAGUGGUGCCGUGGGGCCUGCGCAAGGCGCUGAGCUGGGUGUCCUCCAGGUACCCCGGGGUGCCCAUCUACGUCAUGGCCAACGGGGUGGAUGAGGAUCCCGCCCGCUUCCAGGACAGCCUACGUGUCUACUACCUCCACAGCUACAUCAACGAAGCGCUUAAAGCGUACCUGCUGGAUGGGGUGAACCUGCGAGGCUAUUUCGCCUAUGCGCUCAGCGACCAGAGGGACCCCAACUUCGGCAUGUACGGCCACGUACACGACGAGUUCAUCGUCAAGUCCUCGCUGAUGCACUACCGCAACAUCAUCGAGCACAACGGCUUCCCCGAGCCGUCGGCCCCACCGCAGCCGUGCCCUCGCCGGUCGGAGCCCUGCCUCGGCUGCGAGGUGCUGGCGAGGCAUUCGGUGGUCGGCUUCCUGUCCUUGGUGGGCUCUGCUCUGCUCAUCACCGUGGGGCUCAUCGUGUACUUCGCUGCUAAGAGGCAGGAGUAGAGCGACUCUUUCACACUCCAUUAGGCUACACGCUCUUGUCGGCUGUUGCUGUUCUUCCUCGUUCCUCUUUUCUCGCGACUAGAGCAUUUUGUGAUGUAUGGUACUCUUAGGUGAACAUGAUGACAGUAGAUGUGCCAACGUUCACUCUGCAUCGCAAAUUAGUCACUAGGCCUGACUGCUACGUACCGGUUACGUGAACAUGCCUUGUUACGGACGUGCAAAGUCAGGAAAAUUGCCCAAAACCGAAGAAGGUUCUUUUUGCACAGGAUAGACCCGCAGUCACACACACACACACACACACACACACACA